CCGAAAAAUGCGUGCAGGUUUGGCAGGUCUGCAUCACAUAAAUACUUAUAAAGCAACAAUACACUUACUUCAGAAAUGGACCAUUCUGCACAACGAGUCAUUUUACUUUCAAUGCAUUUAGUAUAUUUUGAUGCUGUAUACUUCUAUUAGACUUUUACUUGUGAUUCCACAGUGUGGUGAUUUUACCUGAGGCGAAGAUCUGAGUACUUCCUGUUCGACACUUGUUUGGCUACUGUGUGGGCAUGCGCAGUGUGGGAACGGGUUUCCCUGGGUUACCAUCAACAAGUCAGUUAGCUCGCCGGGGCUACGUCAACGUGCCGUGAGAUAAACAGUUGUUAUAUCGGUGUUGUGUGUUAUGAACCACACGGUGGUCGUGUGGUAAUCGGUUAUGGUCACAGUCAGGUAAUGGUCGCACCGGAAGCUCUUCAGCUAUCUUCUUGUUACCGUGCAGUUAGCUAACAGCAGCUAACGCUAAUGCUAAGAUCAGUAAACGCAACGGGAGGAACGUGUUCAUAGUUUCUAGGAUGACGAACCAAGAGUUCAGGACACUGGCUUACGCGAAAAGCCCGAAAACAUCGAGAAGAACGACAUUUCAGGAUGAACUUCAGGCCGCUGUCUCUGCCAGGGCAAUUAAAACAAAGACAGAUCACUACUCCUACUCGGAUGACUUCGACGAGGAUGAAGAUGAUUUAUUCAGUGAACUCCUCAAGUCAAGAAGAAAGAGGACUGAUGCCUUUAAGUCUGGCAAGUCCAAAGCCAAAAUCAACAACUUUGAGCUCUCAGACGAUGAAGGCAAACAUGGGAAGACAAAGAGAGUUUCAUUCCUGAAAACCCAAAGAAUCAGCUUUCCCUCGGGGGACACAUCAGAGUCACGCGAAAACGAGCCACCGGACUCCUCCCUCGGUGGACACAACAAUAACAACAACUCAUUUUCUUCACCACACACCACAAGUUUUAGCAAAUAUGACUCGCAAUAUAGAAAUGGUGUUGAUCCCCAAAUCCCAAGAGAGAGCUCAAGUAAAUCUCUCUCAUACCAAACCUCAGACGACACUCUUCUGGACAUGCCUUUGCCUUUACCAUCAGACAGCAGUGUGGUGGAAACUCCAGGUCCUGAGGAGAAUGGCAACCCUGUUCUGGGAGACAGCACCCGGACUCCAAAUCUACCCAGACCUGACCUCAACCACACGCCUUCAGAUAUUGCCACAGAGAGGGAGCCACCCAAACCCAAACCAAGACAACGGACUCUUGUAUUAAGCUCUCAGGUUGCACAGAAAUUGCCCGAAGAAAUGGAAUCUCAGGAUCUCAGCAGGCCCCAGACUUCCUCUGCAUCCAUUCCCCUUUCCACUGACGCAUCCAGCAACACCGCCGUGAGGAGCUGCAGUCCACAUUUGACAGAGGAGGAUCACGCAGUUUCACGUAGCCUCAGCAAAUCCUCUUCGAGUAAGAGUGAGCAGUCACUGCUCUUCACCAAGUCAACGAUUGAUUCUGGAUCCAGAGGCGACUUCAUCUCUGAUGACAGCAAGGAUCAGGAGAGAAAGUUCUCUACAUCCUUCGAAGAAUUGACUGGAGACUUUGGAGAUCACACAGAUCCUUCUGUUGCUCAACUUUCUCACACCCAGGAAAAGUCUUUUGACACCAGGACUUCUAGCUUUCACUCAAAGACAACUCCGAGAUGUCAGAGUGCAUGCUCCAGAAAAGUGGAAUCAAAGUAUUUGGGAACUCUCAAAGUUCUGGACCGAAAAGUUUCACUACAGGAGUCUCAACCACAAGCAGCUGAUUCACUCAGAGCUGCCAUUUACCAGGAAUGGCUUAAAAAGAAAAAGGAAAAGUCAGGAGAUAACAUGCAACGAAAGAAGAAGGAACAAAUCCUCCAGGAAAAAAAGAAAAAGGAAGAAGAGGCAAAAAAGGAAGAUGCUGUUGCAUCAUACGUAGCUUGGAAAGAAAAGAAAGCAGAGAGUCUCAAAGCAAAAGCCAAAGAAAAGCAAGACAGGAUGAGAAAAGACCAGAGAGUGAGUGAAGAGAAAGAAGAAAAAAGGCACUCUGCUAAGCAGGUGUUUGAAAAAUGGAAACAAGAGCACGACCAUCUACUCAAAGAGAAGUACAGAAAACAGAAAGAAGCUGAAAAUAAACUUCAGCUAAACAAGCAAAAAAAGAAGGAAGAACGAAAGAGAGAGAGCAUGUCGGCUUUUUCUAACUGGUGUGAAAAGAAGAAAGAUGUUCUCCAAGAAAAAGUCACAACGGAGCGCAAAGAAUUCCAAAAUAAAGCAGAGGAGGAGCAAUACAUGAAAGAAGAGAGAGAUAAAAUGGCUUUAGAGAUGUAUGAAAACUGGUUGGCAAGAAAAGAGUUAGAACAGAAGAGACAGAGAGAAGAAAGAAGGAUACAAGCGAUUCUCCGAGACAGUCCUCCUCCACCGUGGAGCCCUCCUAAUAAAACUAUAGCAUUUCGAAAAUAACAUUAGGAAUGUAUAACAACACAUCUUGAAUAUCUGUGGAAGCUGUGUUGCAUUUUAAGUUACGUAUUGUACUGUAUUUUCCAUCCAAAGUAUGUUUUUUUAAUCAAAUAACAAAACAUUUGAACAAAUGUGUAACGCAUCAUUGUUUACGAAUGUGUUGAUCUGUUAUUACCAUAUUAUAUAUCCUCUGGUUUCCCUGCUAAGUUCACCUCCGCCAAGAAAGUUUGAUGAUUUUACGUCUUACGUUUGUUUGUUAGCAGGAUUAUUCACCAAAAAGUUAUGGACGAAGGAUUCUUUGCCAUUGUGAGUGGGAUUGCUUCGCUGAUUCAUUGGGUGAUUUAUUUGGGGUCAUCUUUAUGAAGGAACACAAGUGUCUCUCAUUGAUGCUUUUUUUUUUAAUCCAAAGAUUUAAGUAGCUGUAGAAAUAUUGUCUAAGCAAAGUCCCAACUCACCGUACGGUUGUUGAGGCUUCUUCCAGGGACCUCACGGAACCUAUAGAAGUUGAGUAAGCUCAUCAUUUCUUGAAGCACCCUCAAAUAUAUUUUUAAAUUCCUUGGGUACUGUUAACAUUUGACGUACCUUUUCAUUUGUGUAGUCUAUAAGGGCUCAGAAUGUAGAACACUUUUUAACAUCUACCUUUCACCGGCAACAGGUUAUGGUCAAAAUCUCCCAAAGGAAUCUGAAUUGAGACAAUGGCCAUUUUGAUCCAGGCUGGAUUACCGACCAGGCAAAGUGGCUCAAACUGCCCAGGGGCCCGUGUGAUGCGCACCAAGGUGGAUCCUGCAUUGAAAGCAGAAUCUCUGACUGUCUUGUGUAGGUGUCCUGUUUUGCCUCCACUGACUCCUUUGCUCUGCUUUUACUUUGAAAAUCCCUGAGCGGAAGCUGGCCCGGUGGCUGAGUGUGUUCCCGACACACGAAUGCCUCCGUGUACAUAUAAAGGUGGCGCUUG